CUGAAAACAAACUUGCGCACCGAGGAAUACUUAAGCCAGUACUGCCAUCUCAUGUAUUACACCCCUAAUACGUAGCCCUCCGCCUGGCCGGUAGCCUGCCUAACCUCUUUACAAGCACCCUAAAUUUUCCCUUUCCUCAAACUUCACCUUCUUUACGCCAUUUUCUGCUUUCCAGGCUUAAAAACAACACAGAAUUUCCAAACCAAGGUACCUCCCAGAUAGAAGCAACAUACAAGGCACCAUGGACAACGAGAAGGUCUAUUACAGUCCCUGCGACCCGCCUGCUCCGCCAGACUUCUGUUGCACUAUAGAUACUAGUUGUAUCGUCCUUGCGGCCAAUACAACAGUUCUAUGCUGCCCAAAGGCAAGCAGUGGGAAUUGUCAAGAAAUCAAUGUUAUCGCUUGCAACUUGGAUCAACAGGGCGCCUUUUCGAGUGUCCAGACCACAGUCAAAGAGGGAAAACUACCGACAUGUGGCACAGGCUGCUGUCCUUGGGGUUAUCAUUGCGGACCCGAUGACCUUUGUUACAUGGACGAAGAUCAGAGCAAGCCACCGCCAAUCUUGCAAAGCACGACCAACUUGAUAAUUGAUCAUCCAUCUACUGGCACUUCAUCCUCAUUGAAGCCCAUUCCGACGACUUUCGAUACGUCAGUCACUUCACAGAACCCUUCGUCAUCUUCAUCGCAUGCCUCUCUAGUGACAUUCGCGUCUUCUUCCGGGGACCCAAGCAUCACCGUGAAUGCCGAUCCAGCUGAUUCAUCAAGCUCAACUCUGAGUACAGGCGAGAUAGUAGGGAUAAGCCUAGGGGCUUUCUUCAGCAUCGUACUGGUAGCUCUAGUCGUAUACUUCAUGCAUCGUACGCGAAAAUCUACGGAGAAUUCAAGCGACAAUGAGCAAAGCCAGGAUACAGUGACGCUAGAUAGCAAAGAUAUGGCAAAGUUACAUGAUCCCCACCGAGAGCUUCACGGUACUCCAGUCUUCGAGCUAUCUGGUUAGUUAAGGCACGGGUGACCAUGAUGAUGAUAUAACUAGAUGAAUUUCCUAGUCGGACGACACAGAACUCUGAUAUUCAAGCACACAACCUACUAUUGCA